AUGCAAGCUCCCCCUCCCCCUGGUCUCAACUAUAUUGCGGCAAUCCAACCGGCAGUAAUCGACAUUAUGAUCGGGCAUACUUUUACGGUCAUACUCGUACCCCUCCUCAUCGCGAUGUUCUACUUCUCGAACGAACAUUCGCGGAGACAGCCCAUAUUUAUCCUCAACGUUUUUACUGUGUCCCUGGCAUUUUCUGUCGGUGUAAUGGGGGACAGUAGAGCUAUCAAUAACAUGCUAUCACCGACACAUCCAUACCCUGUUUCCUAUGACAUAACCAUAGGUGUCCUUGGGACGGUCCAAACCCUCAUUGUUGACACCAUCCUACUCUUUCGCAUUUGUUCUGUUUACCCACCAAGAUACCUCACGCGGCAACGGUUUGUGGCGCUGGUUUCACUGCCCAUACUCCUCAAAGUUGCCCGUGUCAUCAAUUUAUUCCUCUUUAUAGCAGCUUUAAUAAGAGCGGCCAAAGGACCCGACGCAGGAAGCAACUUUGGCAGCACUAUUGAGUGGUUCGCACAGCUGGUGGAUAAUAUAUAUGCGUCCUCUGUAUUCCUCUGGACACUCUGGUCAAAGCGGGUAAAUAAGCAUGGCUCCGUGGCGAGCAAUGGCAAGCAUUCGUUCAGGAUGAGACUCCAGACACUAUUUUGGAUUGCGCUCUCAAACUUCACCAUUCCUGCGCUCUUUUCGGUCGCUCAGAUCAUUGUCAUUUACCGCGAAGUAAACCCAGUGGUCAUCAACCAGAUCAUUCUGGUGAACACGUCAAUUGCAGUUAUCGGUGUUGUCUUUGCCACAGUCUGGGCGGGUUCAGUCAACAAACAGAUUGCUCAUUCGGAUGCCAAUCCUGCUGCGGAUGUCGAGAACUCCGGCGCGAAGGAACCCGUGAUGCUUUUUGCUCCUCGUGGUACCUAUGCGACCAAUGAUGGAAUAUAUAUAACCUACCAGCUUCCAGCAAUCUCUGCCAGUGGUGGUUGAGACUAUUUUUGAUGCAUUUGGAAAUGGGACUCGGAGGGAUGUGGUUUGUUUGAUUUUCUUCUAGUUUUGAAUAUUUACUGAAAUUACAGACUCUUCAUUGAAGUAAGAGCGACUUCGAGCUAUGAGUCUUUGUGGUGUCCUCAUUUUCAUCGACAUCUUUCCGUUGAGCAAUAUUGAUCAAUGACUACCUUAGCUAGUUAGCUGGUUUGCAGGCCAAAGCAGCGAGGUUUACUAUAUGAUUUUAAUAGCAUGGAACAACCUAGACGCCUGGAAAAAACCCCACUAUUUACCAUUCAUGGCGGUGGAGUAUUCCUUGCAAGUCUUACCAUAUUUACCUUGCCAAGCACCCAUAUUUAUUCAUCGUUGUAUUCAAAGUUAUCCGUCCCCUCGCUAUCAAAUAUUAC